ACACUCGGCUCCCCAGGCUGUGAGGGGGGCUGAGUUUGCAGGAGAAAUUUAUCUUUCUUGUUCCUCUCCCGAAUCCCCUCCGCCCCCACCCCCAGCACUCCUCGCUCGCUCGCUCGCUGGCUGGCUCGCUGGCUGGCUGGCUCACUCGCACGCUGGCUGGCUCCCGGCGCUCGCUAGCGCUGCUAUGGUUACUUGGGCCCUGCCAUCCUAUCCCUGUGCCGUGAACAGGCUCUGCUCCAAAGGUAGAUGAAGAGGGAUUUCCAUGAAUCUCAAGCCUGUGACGUUCUCAUCAGCGCUGCGCUGUGCGGGCUCCAGGUCCCGCGGCCCCGCCGCCCCCGCGCCCCCCGCCCGCACGGACCAUGCCGCUGCCGCCGCCGCCCGCCGCCGCCAAACAUGAGACUCCGGAGCUGCCGCCGCCAGAGCAGCUGCCGCCGCCGCGCCCGCCCCGCGCGGUGGAGGCGGAUCCGGGGGACCCCGCGGGCCGCCCCCGGGACGAGACCCCCUAUGCCACCAUCGAGCCCCCGGCCCCCUGCGCCGAGCCGCCGCCGCCCCGCAUGGAGGAAGCCGCCGCCAGCGCCAUCGUGGUGCGCAUCGGGAUCCCCGACCUGCAGCAGACGAAAUGUAUGCGGCUAAAUCCUGAUGUUCCUGUCUGGGUCUCCAAACAGCGCAUUCUCUGUACCUUGAACCACAGCCUGAAGGAUGUUCUAAACUAUGGGCUCUUCCAGCCAGCCUUCAAUGGCAGGGCUGGAAAGUUCCUGGAUGAGGAGCGACUGCUGAGGGAAUACCCUCUGAAUCCAGACACUCCUGUCCCCUACCUGGAGUUUCGUUACAAGAGGCGUGUGUACACCCAGAGUCUGCUGGAUGACAAGCAGUUUGCCAAGCUCCACACAAAGGCAAAUCUGAAGAAGUUCAUGGAGUACGUGCAAAUGCUAAAUGUGGAGAAGGUCUGCAGACUGCUGGAGAAGGGACUGGACCCCAACUUCCAUGAUCCGGACACUGGAGAAUGCCCUCUGACAAUGGCAGCUCAGCUGGAGCACAGUGCCGAGGUGAUCAAAGCGCUGAAGAAUGGAGGAGCACAUCUGGAUUUCAGGACUCGGGAGGGAAUGACAGCUCUUCAUAAGGCCAUCCGGUGCCGGAACCACAUUGCCCUGAUGACACUCUUAGACCUGGGUGCCUCCCCGGAUUACAAGGACAGCCGAGGAUUAACUCCUUUGUACCACAGUGCCAUGGUUGGAGGGGACCCAUACUGCUGCGAGCUUCUGCUUCAUGACUAUGCCAAGGUGGGCUGUGUAGAUGAGAAUGGCUGGCAAGAAAUCCACCAGGCGUGUCGCUAUGGCCAUGUGCAGCACCUGGAGCAUCUCCUCUUCUAUGGAGCCGACAUGACUUCACAGAACGCCUCAGGAAACACGGCGCUCCAUAUCUGCGCUCUAUAUAAUCAGGAGAGUUGUGCCCGGGUCCUCCUGUUCCGUGGUGCAAGCAAAGAGAUUCGGAACUACAACAGCCAGACAGCGUUCCAGGUGGCCAUCAUUGCAGGAAAUUUUGAACUGGCUGAAAUCAUCAAAACCCACAAAGAGUCUGACGUUGUGCCUUUUAGAGAAACUCCCAGCUACACAAAGAGGAGACGGAUCACUGGCGCAGGCGGCCUCUCCUCCCCCCGCAUGCUGCAGCGUUCUGCCAGCGACAACAAUUUGAAAGCCGAGAGCCACCCGUCCUACUCACCAGUGCCCUCGCUCCGCAGCCUGCCCCCACAGCUGCUGGCACAGAUGCAGGAAGCUGCUGUUGGGGCAGGGGUGGGGGACAGUAGCCUGGCGAGCACGGGCAGCUCCCGGAGCACUCACAGCCGCUCCCCAUCUCUGCAGCGCGUGCAGGAAGAGAAGGAGGCCGACAUGCACACACUCAGGAGAAGCAGCCGAGGCAAGGCCAGCCCCAGCGGCGGCGGCCAGGGCGCCCCCCCGGGGCCGGGGCCGGGGCCCGGGCCCGAGCCCGCCCGCCACGCCGCGCCCGCCGCCCUCCGCGGGCCCAAGCGCAAGCUGUACAGCGCCGUGCCCGGCCGCAGGUUCAUCGUGGUCAAGAGCUACACGCCGCAGGGCGAGGGGGAGAUCCAGCUGAACCGGGGCGAAGCCAUCAAGGUGCUCAGCAUUGGUGAGGGUGGCUUCUGGGAAGGAACCGUGAAAGGACGGACCGGUUGGUUCCCAGCAGAAUGCGUUGAGGAAGUGCAGAUGCGACAGUAUGAUCCACGGCAAGAAACGAGAGAAGAUAGGACAAAGCGUCUCUUCCGACAUUACACUGUGGGUUCAUAUGACAACUUCACUUCCCACAGUGACUACAUCAUCGAGGAGAAGACGGCCGUGCUGCAGAAGAGGGAGCAUGAGGGAUUCGGGUUUGUGUUGCGAGGGGCCAAAGCGGAGACUCCAAUUGAGGAGUUCACCCCAACUCCAGCCUUCCCAGCGCUCCAGUACCUGGAGUCAGUGGAUGUGGAAGGUGUGGCCUGGAAAGCAGGACUUCGCACGGGAGACUUUCUGAUUGAGGUGAAUGGUGUGAAUGUGGUAAAGGUAGGGCACAAGCAAGUGGUGUCGCUGAUCCGGCAGGGGGGAAACCACCUGGUGAUGAAGGUCGUCUCCGUCAGCCGCAAGCCAGAAUCAGAAGACGUCGUCCGGAAGAAGGCCCCGCCGCCUCCCAAGAGAGCCCCCAGCACCACCCUGACGCUGCGCUCCAAGUCCAUGACGGCCGAGCUGGAGGAACUAGAGAAACUGGAUGAGAUCUUGGCAGCAGCUGAGCCCUCGCUGAGAGCAGACAUUGUUGAAGCAGAUUCCAGGGCAGCCACUGUGAAGCAACGACCCACGAGCCGGCGCAUCACGCCAGCGGAGAUCAGUUCGCUCUUCGAACGCCAGGGAAUGGCAGCUCACUCGGGAGUUCUCCCGGGGGCCGAGAAACCCCACGUGUCCCUACGCAAAGGAAUUCCCCGAACAAAAUCUGUAGGUGAAGAUGAGAAACUUGCUGCUUCUUUGAUGGAUGGGAAAUUUCCUCGGAGCACGUCAAUGCAAGACACUGUCAGGGAAGGGCACGGAAUCCCACCCCCACCUCAGACAGCUCCGCCCCCUCCUCCGUCUCCGUAUUACUUUGACACAGGCCCUCCUCCGUCCUUCUCCCCACCUCCACCUCCGGGAAGGGUUUAUGAUACCAUAAGAUCGAGCUUUAAGCCAAGCCUGGAGGCCAAACUCCAUGGCCUCCCCCAGGUUAUCAGUGCAGCUGAGAUGUAUGACCAGGCAAGGACUUCUAUCCCAUAUCCUGAAAGGCAAAAGAGAGCUCGAUCCAUGAUAAUCCUGCAGGACUCCUCUCAUCUUCCCGUGGAGCCAACAGAGAUCCCUCGGCCUGGCCCUUCCGCCACGCCCCCGGAGAAGCUGAAAAGGAAAGGGCGAGUGAUUGAUAACCCUUACGCCAACAUGGGCCAGUUCAACGUCAGCCUCUUUGCUCCCACCAAGCCCCAGAGGAAGAAGAGCCCUUUAGUGAAGCAGCUGCAAGUAGAGGACGCUCAGGAAAGAGCAGCUUUAUCCAUCACAGGAGGCUUUACGCGGGAACCCUCUCCCACCCGCCGGAGCCAUCGCAUGAGUGGCAUAGAGUAUCAGCACCACGCUGGCAUCGCUCAGGUCGACCCCUCGAGCAUCCCCUUUGCCACUGCCAUCGCUGGAGUCAUGAAGGACAGAGAGCGUCGUCUUGAUGAGAGGCGGAAAUCCACUGUCUUCCUCUCGGUUGGGGCCAUCGAAGGGAGCCCCCCCAGCAUUGACAUGCCAUCCCUGCAGCAGUCCAGGUCUAUUGAUGAGCGGUUGUUAGGAAGCCGAGAUGUGCUGCUGCCUUCACCUGUCUCAGCUUUAAAGCCAUUAAUUAGCAGCUCAUCCUCAACAUUCAUCCACCCCCUAACAGGAAAGCCCCUAGAUCCAAACUCACCACUGGCGCUUGCGCUGGCCGCAAGGGAACGGGCCCUGUCCACUCAAGUCUCAUCCAGGUCGCCCACCCCAAUCCACAGCCCAGAUUCAGACCGAGCAGCACCCCUGUUUGUGGACAUCCAAACCAAAGAACCAGAAAGGGGGGAGAUAGAGGGCCUAGUGUCACCUGCAUAUUCGCCUGGAGCCAAAGGGGCAGCAGGAGCAGCUCCUGGGACGUUGGCCCCUACAAAAAGCCACUGGGGGACUCCAACAACACUGAGAAAAGAGACUGAGACAAGAGCAGAAACACCUGUGAAAGAAGAGAAAAAACAUGAAGACAAGAAAUCUAUGAUCAUUAGUAUUAUGGACACGUCACAGCAGAAGACAGCCGGCCUCAUCAUGGUCCAUGCAACGAGUAAUGGCCAAGAGGAAAUAGGACUUGAGAUGAAAGAGGAGAAACCAGAUGUUCCUGAAGCAAGCGUGGAGCCGGCAGAGCUGCCCAAAGUGGAGACUGAGCCCAGCCCUGUGGGAAAGUCUCCGGUUAGCCCAGCAUCUGACAAGACACUUGGUCAAGGAAGUUCAGAGGAGGAAGUGGAGCCCUACACAGUUACCCUCCCACCAGCUCAGCUGUCUUCAAGUGAUGAAGAGACCAGGGAGGAACUGGCCAAGAUUGGGCUGGUGCCUCCACCAGAUGAGUUUGCAAAUGGGGUACUAGUCACCACCCCUGGCACACCAAUCAGCCAGCUGGCUAAGCCUAGCACGCCAUCCAUACCAGCGGCAGCAGUAGCACCUUCUACCACUGGUGGAACACCCUCAGGGAAGCCCUCUGAUGCCCCCGUAGCCCCAGAGUCUGCUGCAGACUCAGGAGUAGAAGAGGUGGACACCAGAAGUUCAAGUGACCAUCACCUGGAGACCACAAGCACCAUCUCUACCGUCUCCAGUAUGUCUACAUUGUCCUCUGAAAGCGGGGAGCCUACUGACACAUACACUUCCUUUGCGGAUGGACAAACUUUUAUACUCGAGAAGCCACCAGUGCCUCCAAAGCCAAAACUCAAGUCCCAGCUCAGCAAGGGGCCAGUUACUUUCAGGGACCCACUUUUGAAGCAGUCUUCGGACAGUGAGCUCAUCUCCCAGCAACAUGCGGCUACUCUGGCUUCAGCCAGUGUUGGUCGGCCACGCUACCUCUUUCAGAGAAGAUCCAAGCUAUGGGGGGAUCCCAUGGAGAGCAGGCCAGUCCACGGGGCUGAGGAUGACAAACCAACUGUGAUCAGUGAGCUAAGUUCCCGGUUACAACAGCUGAAUAAAGAUACACGAUCACUGGGGGAGGAACCUACCGGGCCCCCUUUAGAUCCUGGGAAGAAGUCACCUGUGGUCGCAGCACGUUCAGAAAUGAAUGUAGAGAAUAAUUUACAAAUAUACAAAUGGAGCCCACUUCCGCACACUUCCCAGUCCCUGUGUUGAUUCUAAGAGAGAAAUUACCACCUGAAGCUUCCACAGCUCACUGCCCUUAAAUCCCUCCAGUGCUGUGAUGAAGGGCAGGAGAAGCAGGACCAGCUAAAUCUGCUGCUGCCACCACCAGUGACGGCCCUUGAAUGCUCCUGAUUGCUGAAGAAUAGUGAGGUCCCACCUGCCAGAGAUGACCCUAAAUCCACAGUUGCUGCUACUGCUGCCAGAAACAGCCUUUGGACCCUGCAGUGCUGCAUAAGGGGUGAAGAUGCUGCUGCCAAAGCCUCUCCUGCAGCUGCUGGUGCUGUCAUCCUUGAGUUCGUCCUUGCUUCAAGAGGACAAUGAGGGCCCUUUGCCAGGGGCCAAACUGAAGCCAUGUCUCCAGGAGUUGCCCGGGAAUCUCCCUGUGAUUUGAGAGAGACCGUGCACUCGCUGCUCCCAGAAGCUGUCCCAGCACAGCUGCUGCUAUUGCCAGACAUUCUCCUUAGACGAGAGCCCGGGGGAGCUGGAAGAACGGCUGAGUAAGCGGACCUGGUGGUGCACAGUUUUGUUUGUUCCUGAUCCUAUUAAUUUCUGACUAUACAACAGGCAGGCCCUGGUGCAUUUCUCUUCCAGAGGUUUAUAGAGUUUUGGCCAGGGAGCUCCAGGGAUGAAAGACAGAAACUGGGUUCUCUGACUGUGUCUCCUUGCAAGACAGUCUCCCCCAGGAGGAUGUUUGACGAGAGUCACUGAAAAAGAGGUCAAGACACUGAUGAUGAAGAGAACACAAUGUCAGAGUUAAGGCAAUCAGUAGUGAGAAAUUUCCUUCUCUCCUCCCUGUUCUUAGGCCAGUGCUGAAUAGGGUGAGGAAGGCUGUGCUUGGCCUGUACAUCGCGUGCUCUAUGCACAGAUGAAGAGUUUGGACAACAGUGGCAAAACGGCAGCGCUUCCCCGUCCCCAGAGGCAGCACACAGCCUGCAGUACAGGGCUCAGAACAGCACCAUAGAGUCUGGCAGGGGAUCCUGGCAGAGCCGUGUGGCAGCUUCCAGUCAUGGAGUCUCGCUGGCAUGUGUGGCACCCAGACUUUGCUCAAUCCUCAACCACAUUGGCAAUUGCAAGGAGCCCAUGGAGCCUAACAAGCACAGUAUGAAGUUCGAGGCAGCCACCUUCAUCUUUAAUGUGGAUGUGGCCCUUGGAGACGGCAGGUCCCAACAUCCAGUGUUCUGAGCAGCAAGGAAACAUGUCAGUACCAUGAAAUAGCUAUGAGGUGAGCUAACUUCUGAGUUACCUUGUGAUCACUCCUAAGGCAACAUGAGCUGUCGUAUGGUAGCUCCACUGGAGUGCCAGCCGUACAUUGGCUCAUGGAAGGCUUAUGAAGAGCUUGCAAUUGAAGGAUGCUCUCUGGACACUACAGUGGAAUCACUGUGUGACAUGCAUUAUCACAAGACAACUCCGAAGUUAACUCCUGAUCCCUGCGUUCCUUGAUCAGUGAGCGGUAGGCCUAGUAAGUCAUAGCGAGCUGUGAAAAGGCAGCUGGAGACCUACAUCCUAGCACCAGAGGCUGAAAGCAUAGCCCUACAGGGCGAACCUCACCUGUUACAUGUACAACAUUAAAACAUAUGUUUAAAAUGGCAUUCUCGUUUAAUGUCCUUGUGUCAUGUGACUCUGGCUGUGGCCAUCCAGUCUCAUCAGGGUUGUGCCAUUUCUCAUUGGGUGUAGUGAACCUGGACCUAAACAUCCCACCUCUGCUGAUUAGCUGUGCUGUGACAGUGGUCAUCUGGACCUCAAGGUGUAUCUGUGAACAAGUGUUCAACUCAAGCCAGGAUUGUUCAGUAGUGUCAACACAGUUUCAAUUUUAAGUGCCAGCUAAUUCAGUGGAGAAUCCAGGCUAGAGGGUUCUCUGCACAGGUUUUUGGUUCUUAUGUCUAAGCAACAACAGAACAUGCCAGAUGUAUCAUUUGAAGCAAAAUUUUAGAUGCAAAACUGAGUUUUUCAGGUGCUGUUCUGGAAACCCACAACU